AUCUCGGCAAUGGCGACUGCUGCUGUUAUAGAAGAGCUGACCUGCUCCCUCUGCCUGACCGUUUACACCGAUCCUGUAACCCUGCCGUGCGGACACAGCUUCUGUCAGGAGUGCAUUGAACAAGCGCUGGAUGCCCAGGGGCAGGGCAGUUAUUCGUGUCCCGAGUGCAGAGAAGGUUUCAAGACUCGACCCGAGCUUAGAAAAAACCUGAGGCUCCAUAACAUAGCUCAGAAUUUCGUACCGGCAAAGGACGGGCCGUUUCAUUUAGGAAUCCAAUGUACCUACUGUAUUCAUUCUCAAGUUCCUGCUUCAAAAACAUGUCUACUUUGUGAAGCUUCUCUGUGCGAGGAGCACUUGAAGGUCCACAGUAAGUCAGAAGAACACGUCAUAACGGAACCCACCACUUCUUUCGAUAAACAAAAAUGCUCCGUCCACAGGAAGGUCCUGGAGUAUUACUGCCCCGAGGACGCUGUCUGUAUCUGUGUGUCCUGCAGCUUGGCCGGAGAGCACAGGGGACACCAGGUGGAGACUCUGAAUGAAGCCUCUGAGAAGAAGAAGGAGAAACUGAGAAAUGUUCUGGAGAAACUGACCUCAAAGCGAGAGGAGACAGAGAAACGAGUCGAGAGUCUGCAGGAGCACAGGAGAGAAGUGCGAGAAAAAGCAGCCGGAGAAACGGAGCGAGUCGCUGCCCUGAUUAGAGACAUCAGGGAACAGCUGGAAGCUCUAGAGAAGAGAGUCCAGAGUGAGAUCUCCCAGCAGGAAGAGCAGGCCUUACUCCGAGUCUCAGAUCUAAUCCAGCAGCUGGAAAUAAAGAAGGAGGGACUGUCCAGGAAGAUACAAGACAUCGAGGAGCUGCGCAACAUAACUGACCCAAUAACUGUCUUACAGGAACAGGAAUCAGACUUUUGUGACGCUGAGAAGGUCAAUAAUGAGGACAGAGACAGACAUAUUGAUGUUAAAGGAGGUCUUGAUGUGAAUCAGAUUACAGUGAUUUUACAGACAGGUUUAGCUGAUAUUGUGACCGCUGCAAAGAGACGUCUCAAUGUUCCUCAGGCUUCAGGCAUAUCACUGGGUGUAAACACGGCUGGUAAUCGUGUAGACAGAGCAGAUGUAGUGAAAAAAAUAUCUUCUCCAAAUACGGUCAUGGGGUUCCCUGUAGGAAUACCAUAUAAUAUGAUGGAUAAAACAAAGUAUAUGCGGUCCUCAAAAAACUGGUAUCAGAGCAGUACCCAGAAACACUAGAAUGAGGCUCUGUUACUACGAUAGUGAGUGAGGGACAAUAAUUUAGGGACAUGGGGUGUAGAGAUGGUCCAUCCCAGAAUAAAAAUAAUAAUGAUUUUAUAGCUGUUAUAGACUGAACCAGCCUUGCUUCUAGUGGGGUUUGCAGAAUAUGUGUUAGGAACCCCCCUUUAUGUGUGUACCAUGGGAGCGGCCAUCUUAACUUCCUGUUCCACAUGACUACCCCCUCCCUUUGUAAAUGGUAAUUGGUUAGACCCCCACUGAUUGUCCCUUCUCCGAGGGGCCAGGAUUUUUAUAGAGAGUAACAUUUAAUUUAGGAAAUCUGAUAUGACAUGUACUCAUAUCUCAUUUUUUCAAUAUAUUGAAUGUAUUCCAACGAUGAACGUUCUAGAAACCCAUAAUGGUUGCUAGAACGUUCACAUUUCUAGAACAUUCAUUAUUUCUUUUAUCUUUAUCCCAUAACGAUUUAAUAAUCUCAUGAAUUAUUUGAUUUAUGCAAAUGGGAUUAUCUUCUAAGAAUUGGUUGAGCUCCUGUUUAAUCCAUUGACUCCAAAAUGUAUUAUUGUCAAUCAUUUAGAAUAUUUUAAUAGUUUUUAA